AUGCCGCAGGACAUGCCCCCGGCUGGGGGCUACCAGCCUGUACAAUACAAGCGUAACCUGCCCGCCCGCGGUUUCAGGCCAUGGACUUACCUCGUCGGAAUGCACUUGAUCAUGGCCUAUGGCUUUUAUAAAUACGCCAUUGGUGUUCGGGAGCAGACCGAGCUCGCACGCGAAAAGAUGUGGUCGCGUAUCCACUUGAUCCCCCUCCUUCAAGCCGAAGAAGACCGCGACCAAGUCCGCCGACACUACGCCGACAAGGCCCGCGAGAAGGAACUCCUCGGCACCGAGACCAAGAUCUACAACUCUGACCGAUUCGUCCGUCCCACUUUCACAUAUACCCCCGGCAAGGUCAGUCAAUAG